AUGGUAUCUGCUCUCACCAGUUCUGCAACGCACCAAUCCUUUCUAUCAAAUGCCAUUGACUGUCUUUGCAACUCGGAGCAUAGAUUUAAUCAGAAAACAAGCAUAAAUUUAACACGCAAGUUCAUCAAGCCUGAAUCGUACGUGGCUACGUGGUGUCCUGUGUGUGACAAACGAGUAAGCAACAAAGGAAAAGAUACGAACGGUCUUCUCGCACAUAUUCGUAAAUUUCAUCCGAAACGUUCUAACCAACAUUUGCUUCAGAAAGAAGAGGGGCCAAAAAUAUCAACCAAGAAAACAGCGUCAAAGAUUACAGAACUGCAAUCGUUCGGUAACACAGACAACAAUUCUAAGAAAAGCGAAACAAAAAAAGUUUAUGCCACUCGUGUGGACACAUGGAAAUCUCAUAAUGAAAAAAAAAUUUGCCCUCGAUGUCACAAGGAAGCAAUACCGACUCUUCAUACUCGAGGAGACAAGUUGACGACUUCUCAUAUUGGAGCUCUGUGUCUUUUAGGAUGUUGGCCGCUUUGUUUUGUACCAUUGAUAAUGAAACGUGCGAAGAAAGUUCGUAUGUUCUGCCCCCUGUGCGGAUACAUGUACGGCAAUUUUCAAUAUAAAAACACCGGAUUAUCACCGUGCAAAACAGAUUCCGAGGAAUCGCAGACACGACUUUCAUCACCGCCAAGAAGUUUCCGUUUAUGCGCAGAAAAGGAAGAACAAAAAAAUUGAUAAGAAUAUACUUUGAUCGAAAAAUUCGACUUC